AUGAUAUACGUGUAUACUACGCUUCGCCCAACACUCUUAGGUACGCAGAGCCGUGCAGUAGUACCAACAUCAAGAAACACAGCCCUCGAACGUGUAGCACAAAAUCCUAUACGAUUUCACGAUCAAGAUGGAAUGUUGGUGCCAGACGGAUAUACUGCCCGCCAAAUACGACCUGCUGCUCGUGCUGAUGUUGUCACUAUGGCCAGAGCGAUGAAUGCUGAUUUUGCACCCAAAGCGAAAGCCAUGUUUCAAAGCGAAGUUGAAGCAGCAAGAACAGCAAUUGAAACAGGUAAAAUGUGCAAUUUAUUACCCGGAAAAGAUUUUGAUUGUUAUCGUAUAAGUAGUAGUGGAAAAUGUUUUUGUGGUCAUCUAUUAUCUGAUCAUGAAAAGUAUACUGGUAAAAGUCAUCGACUUAAAUGCAAAACACCUAGUUGUACAUGUCCAGCAUUUGAAUAUGUCCCAGGUCGUGCUGAUGAAGUAGGAGAAUUUUGGUUAGCAAAGCGACCUGGCUUUGAUCCUUCACAAUGGCGAGCAAAGGAAGAGCAUGAAACAUUUUUCGAAAGUGGGAGUGAUCGUGACGCUCAAAAAUUACCAACAGGUUCAUUUUACUUGCCGUUUGCCGAACUCCCCGAUAUGCAACAAGUUAUUUUCACUGGAAGCGAUGAUCAUAUGCCCAGUCCAUAUCUUGAUCAGAUGCCCAGAAAUGCUGUGCAACAAGGAUCGAAAGCGAAUGCAUUACAGCGUGCUAGUCGUCCAGCAAUAGGUUAUAACCAACCGCAGUCGAAACCUCGUAAUAACAAUCGUUCUCCUCUCCGAGGACAACACAGAGCUGAUCAAGAAUAA